UGUGGAGACAGGGUUUUGACUUGUCUGGAACUCCUGGCCUUGAGCAAUCUCCCAAUCUUGGCCUCCCAAAGUUCUGGGGUUACAAGUAUAAGCCCCUGCACUUGGCCCCAGUGACGUAUUUCUGUAUGAUAAAAUAAUUCUAACAACUUAAGUAAAGGAUGACGGUGAUGAAAUCCUUUACUGUUCAAAGUAUUUAAUCUAUUUUAGGUAAUGCUGAUGACCUACAAGUUACUUCUUCUUUAAAACUAAAAGUGUGUUAUUUUAGGUGUCUACUCUAUUUGAAGUGUCAGGCCAAAUGGUGUGCUGAAAAAUGAAUAACAUGUAGAAGACAGACUGAUUUAUUAUUUCUCAGAUACGUUUUUACAAUUAAAUAUUAUAAGCAAAAUAUAUUCUGAGACGAAAAAGCCCACAGAGUCUAUUUUUUUAAAUUUGCAUUUUAUUUUAAUCUAUAGUUUCAUGGCCCCUAUUAAUUUUCAUACUGAAGGACUUACUCCUUUAAUUUUCUAAAGAAAUAUUUCUUUAACAUUUUUUUCCCACAUCCUUAUGACAAUAGCAUUCUGCUUCUGUGUUCUUUGGUCCAGUUUUUAUUGGGAUCUGUUUUUAUUUUUACCUUUUUUCCCCCUUUAUGUUUAUACCUUCUAAUUAUAAAUUACCUGCUAACUUCUCUCUCUUCUAAGAAAGUUAGGGCUAAAACUACGUAGUUCUGAUUUUGUAAUACUUCAUAAAACUAACUCAAUUUAACAAAGGAAAGUUCAGUGAUUUGACCUAGCAUUAGUCUCUCUGAAGAAGAACUACUGACAGUAGAAAUAGAGUUUUGUAUCAAAAGCAGUCACAGUGCAUAUGAAGACAUCUGGUAUAGUAAUACCUUUCUCUCUGAAAUGCUAUGACUUUUAAAAGUUUAUUAGGGUUAAAAAAAAUAAUUCUACUUAGCUGAAGCAGACUAUGAAUGUAACAGACUAGACUGUAAACUGGUUGGUCUAGAUAAUCCAUCCGGUUUAUUUAGGGAAGGCAGAUUUGUGGCCCAAGUUAUCCUGAGUGAGUGAUCAUAUAUUGGAUUUGGGGAUACCCAAUUUUGCUCUGACAUCUUGCUGAAAGGCUUUUUUGAUUAUAGAGAAUAGAUUAAACCUCCCUCAGGUUUUUUUUUUUUUUUUUUUUUCCAGGAAGUUUGGUUAAGUAAACCCUAUGAGGGCAUUCUGUAACCUGCGGAGAGAAAAGGGCUGUUUUUCAGAAUAGAGACUAUAACCUGGAUUAUAUUUGAUGUAUAAUUACUUGUUAACGACUGCUUUAGUUCUAAGUUACAGUUUUAAGAAUUUUACAUUAAGAAAUAUUAUCUUUGUGUCUGUUUGGGUCUUUUCCAGGGGAAAAUUUACUCAGAAACUUUAAAACCAACUGAUCUCUGGGAAUCAUUAAAUUUGAAAAUAUCUGUGACAUAGUCCAAUAGAAAAAAAUUAUUAAAGUUGAUCACCCCAGGUUAUAAGUUAUUCCUUGACUGGUACUUGGGCCAAACAUUAAUGGCCAGAGUAAAACUAUAGGCUAAAUCAAUAUCUGAAGAAUAUGGGCAUGGUGGUUAAUCAGGCUGGCUCCUCCUCAAAUGCUGUGGAACCUCUGUUGUAUGGGCUUCUUGAACACAAUACAUAGAGAUGCAAUCUUCUCUUCAUAAUUUUCAUUUAGUGACACACUUGGACACUCAUUGGAAAAAUUUUGGACACACAAUAGAAAUGAAAAUCGAUAGUAAAUCACCCAAAUAUAGACCCUCUAAAGACUGUAUGAUGUUGCUUUGAAAAUUUUAAAUUUAAUCUAUUUAACAUUUGCAUGCUUUAACCCACUUGUCAUAUUGGGUCAAAUAAUAUGAAAUACUUCUAAGAAGUGGUGAUCAGUUCUUUAUAUUUUCCUGCAAAAUUUCAGCACAUUAAUUAAAAAGAAUUGAUUUGGUUUCGUAUCUAAAAAUUUGUUUUAAAAAUAAAAAUUUAAUUUCAUACAACCCUUUCCUGAGUGAGGAAUUACAUUUAGAUUGUAAUAAUUUAUUGUAGAAUGAAAAUUAGGUUUGGUUUGCUCAGUCUCACUCAUAAGCGUAAUGACUUUAUUUUCUUCAUGGGGAAUUCUGAGUCUGUGGCCUUUUUCUAUUCCCGUAUCUCUGGGAGUUCAGUCUAGUUUCUUUAGCAAAGGGAAAAUAAUAGUUUUCAAAUAUGAUAUUGGAUUUUGGACGUACAUGUAUGUGUUCCGAGAGCCUUCUCACAGCUCCAUAUAUGAGUUUCAAGGCAGGUCCAAAGUCUCAUCAUGAACUAAAGGUCAGCAUCAGAUUCAAACCAUCCUUGAUACAGAUUUUUUUUUCCUGUAGAGCUUAUACUCUAUUCUAAAUCAGGUAUAUUUUUAGUAAUAACUCUAGAAAAAGCUAUAAAAUAUCUAAGCAGCUACUCAGAAACUAAGAUUUAGCAGGUUUUUUGAGCUUAUCUACUACUGGCUCUUUUAGUUUUAGUGUCCUAUCAUCAAAAGUAAUAUAUAUUUUUAAAAUUGUACACUUAUGAUAUGCUAAGCAUUGGGCAAGAUGCCUUACAUCAUUUUGACAACAACUAUAUUUAUUUUCUCCAUUUUAAAGAUUAAGAAACUAAUGUUCAAGAAAUUACAUAACUUGUCCAAUGAUACGCAACUGUUUUUUCAACACCACUUUAUUGAGGUAUGAUUAGCAUAUAAAAAGUUGUGUAUAUUUAAUAUAUAUAACUUGGUAAGUUUGGAGAUAAAUAUAUACCUGGGAAACCACCACCACAAUCUAUGCGAUAAACAUACCUAUCUUGGUUGAGUUUCAAACCCAAUUCUGUUGAUUGUCAAAGCUCUUUCUUUAUAUUAUGCUGUCUCUAUAUGAUAAAGCUAUAACUCACUAUCUUGUCCCUUUCCACUUGAGAAUCAAGAGAGGUGGUAAUAGAAGAAUUGAGGAUGUACCCAUUUCAAAACAGGCUGUCAUUUUAUUGAAUUUAGGCUAGGUGAACAAGGAAAAGGAGGCAGGGAAUAGGGAAUGAAAUGAAUAAAAUUGAGAAUUGUAAAAAGCAAAAAUUAAAUGUUUUAUUUGUCUUCAACCAUUCUUUAUGAUGUGUUUUCUAUUUUUACGAGAUAUAACCACUGCCUCUUAUAACUUACUUACUUGAGGAAGAUAAGCUAACACAAAUUAAUUCUGAUUAUACAAAAGAGAUUUAGGAAGAAGGUGUGUGACUUCAUGGAACUUUUUGCCUUAAACAGAAUCACCAUUCAUCUACACUUAAGCUGACAUAAUGGAAAAAGAAAAUCAUAUUAGAAUUUUUGCUUUAUUCUGUGUAAUCUAAUUUAUGGCAUGCUAAGGUUUAAGAGCAAAGGUUCUGAACUCCAGAUAUAAGCCUGUGUUAGAAAUUAGAACACAAUGUGUGGUUUUAGAUGCAAGUUAGUAUCAACAAAAGGAAAGGGCUCAAAAAAUUGUACUCAGAGGCUCUCCUAAACAGUUCUGCAGCAAUAGAUUAAUUUAUGUGUUUACUUGUUUGCUGGCUUCCUAGUGCAUUCUAUAUUGGCUAUAAGGAAUUCGAAUUUGGGGGAAAACAUGGGAUCCUUCAUAUGCAAAUCAAGUUUACACAUCAACCAUCAGAAAGAGGAUAGAACUAUUUUUAUAUUUGUGAGUAAGCUUUUUCCUUACGAUCAAGGACUUGGAGUUAUACGACACCUGUUCUUGUUUCAGAGCAUACUCUGUGUCUAUGUUACAGAGAGAAUUAACUGGAAUCUAAUCGCAUACUUAAGUUUAGGAGCUCAGUGUGGUAACCAUCUGAUCCAGUGAGUUAUCGAAUCUUGAGUUAAAAGAACAAAAACACAAUAACAAAGUUUUAGGCUUGUCUGUCUCCUGAUAAUGCUAAUUAUUUCCCAACAUAUUCUCUUGCUCUCUACACACUCGCCUCCUCUGUCUGUGCUCCCUAUCCAAGAGGAAAUAGAGGAAGAACCUUGGGACAUCAAUUUCUAAACUCUCUUCUAAAUUAUGCUUUCAGCAGGCACCAAUCACAAGCUUGAACUCAUGCUCCUUUGGGACUGAUUAGAGGUAUAUCCUGAACAAGGCACUAAGCUCCCUCAUUUUUCAGUUUCUCUAUCUGAGAAAAUGGUAUAAUUGAGGACACUUCUCUCUUAAGGGUAUGGAUCACCAUGUAGAUACUGAACAGGGACUUUGUAUUUCUUUUGCCAGAGCUCCUCUGUGCAAUUUGCAAAAUACCUUGUGCUAAUGGAUUGAAAUCACUCUAGGAACAUUGAGUUGUACUUGCCUUUCACCUGACAAAUUUCCCUUUGCACAUGUCAGCAUUAUGCCUGGUUAAGCUUGCAGAUUGAAGUGCUUAUGAGGAGCAAAAUAGUUCUAAGGCUUGCAGCUGAAUAAAUGAGAAAUAGAGGCAUAACUUUUAUGGAUCAGUGAAUUGCUGUUUUUAGAAAUGCUGUAUGGAAUAGUCCAACCACUUUAAGGUAUGUUGUAUGUUUCUACUCUAAAUAUAUGGCAGCUUUCUACAAGCUUAACAUUUGACCUGCCCAAUCUAGCAAUUGAUUUUACACAUCUCUCUUUUUUUCUGUUGUGUCACUUCUGCCAGAUUUUCCAGGGCGGGGGCCAUGUCUCAUUUCUUGUUAUCUUCUGCGAUAUAUAGCAUGAUUACUUGAUUUACAGCAAGGUAUUGUUCAUCUCAUCACUCCAUUAUUUUGUCCUAGCUUGAUAGUUUAGCAAACUGCAGCAGCAGGAAAUGGGCCAAAGAGUAAAAAUAACAUUUGUCUUAUUUUAGUCACUUUCUUCCAGUCUUGAAUGCCAACAGAAAUGAAUGAACUCAAUGUAAAGAGAAUAUCUUUGUUUCUGCAUGGGGUAAGGUAGAAUUAGAGAGAGAGAGAUGGGGAACGGACAGGAAUAGGUUGUGGUUUCUUCUGCAUACAGUUAAGAAUAUUGGUUUCUAUAUCAUUGUAGAAAAAAAACAAAGGGACACUUGUUGCUGGUGAUUUGUACACUGGUAUUUGACGUAAAAAAUUGACAGUCUUUAACAACAUAAAGGUUACAUUUAGAUAGUCUGACCAUAUGAAGGAAAGAGAAAUAGCUACACACAUAGUAUAGAAUGUGUAGUAGGGAGGAAGUGUGAUGUGAGGAAAUGAACAAAAGCCUUUUGAAUUAAAACUUAGGUUCUAGUUCUGAUUGUGCCAUUAAGUUGUUAUAUAACUCAGGAUGAGUUUUACUUUCUUUGGGCCUCAGCUGCCUUGUUUGUAUAAAGCAGAGCAUUCAUAGAACUUAAUACAAAAUUAGUGAAGGUUUAAUCAAGAUUAAUAAAGUCUAAUUUUUAUUUAAAAUGCUGAAUCAGUACUUCCAGAAAAUAAGAAAAUAUUAUAAGGCUCAUUAAUCGUUAUCUACAUCACCAUUGAACUUAUCAAUGGAUGGGACAUGCUACCCAAGGUGCUCAUUAAAUAUGCACUGACUGAACUUGUUUAAUUACUCCAUAUAUAGGCUGUUGAAAAGGCUCCAGUGUAUGAUAUGAGGGAUUCAAGCUGACUAUAACCUCUCCCCUACUCUCCUUUCAUGCUACUGUGCUCCAUUUGGUCUAGAACUGCAAUGGUACCUAUGUUUUUAUUUAAGAAAGGCUGCUAGGAAAAUUCCUACACACUCCCUGUGAAUGUCCUGGAUACUAUUUUCUAGUUCUGUCUCAUUAAUGUAUUAGCUUAAAUCCACUUAUCACAUCUCAAUAGUUUUAAGCAUAAAAGUAGAAACACUGGCUAUAAGGGAUAUUUUGAUGGGAAGUAGUCCGUGAGAGGAACAAAUCUGUGCCAACUAGAAAAGCCUGCUUACGACUAUGGGUCUUGGAUUGGAUAUAGAGCCCAGGCAGUUAAAGUUGUGGUGUGAUGAUUCAGUCAGGCCUGAAGGAUAAUGCACUGGGGAGGAAGAACACAGGGUUUCUUUGCAUCUUCCCCAAUAUUUAUCAAGAAUUGGGUCCAUCUGUCUAAUCAACCUUUCUACUAGACUUAGACUAUAAAAGUGCAAAGUAACCUUAGGGAUAAUCUAGUAGCUCCCUCAUUCCACAGAUGAAAUACCGAGAUCAAGAGAUAGAAGGGACAUUCCCAAGGUCAUACCACUAAUUAGUGAUAAGAUCAAGACUAAAAGGUAGGUGUCAUAUGUCUCUGAUUAGUGCUCUUUUCCAUACACCCUGUUUCUCUCAGCCUAAAUCACCUAUCUUGGGAUUUGUAAAAGCUUGCAAGUAAAGCAGAUUAGUUUUAAAGUAUAUGGCUAUCCUGGAAAAAAAAAAUAAUGAAGUGACUCUCUAAAACAAAAUCCAUUCUUUGAUAUCUUAACUGACUCCUGUUCAUAAAGUAUAACAAAUCAAAUGAUUAAAAAUUAAAAAGUACCUAAGAAUAUUCGCUAUUUCAAUAAAAUCUGCUUCUAGCCAGCUACGUUUGUCUGGUGUUUAUGAUUAAUCUAUGAUCCUGCUCAGUCACUAAACUCUGUCCCUGCAGACUAUUACUCUAGUUUGAUCUCAAAUAUCUGACACACUAAAGUGGUGCUUGAGCUGUUCUGGUUCUGUCUUCACAAACAACAAACUAUCAGCAAGGAAUAUAACUUUGUCACUUUAACUUACGGCCUAGGUUUUCUUUCCUAGUCCACAUGAUAAGCUGCUUUGGAUUCUUGGGCCUCUGGACCUGCCUUUUGGUUUCCCAUCUUCUACUUGGUCUGUUUCUCCCACUCUGUUACCCUCUCUCAAAGACAAAAAUAAUUUAAAAUUAACUUUACUGUGUGUUAAAUCCUGAUCACUAUUUUUUCCUCCUCUAUUAAAAAAGAUUUAUUAAGAUGUUUUAAUGUGUCUAGUACUCUACUUACUAGGUGCUAGAGGAAAGAAGAAAAGGAUACGUAGUAUUUAUUGAGCACUUGUUAUGUGCCAAACCCGGACUUAUUGGUUUUUACUUAUGAUAUCUCUUGUAAUCUUAACAAUGUUCCGCAGGAGUAGGCAUUAUUAUUUUGUUCAUUUUACAUGAGGAAGAAACAGAAAGAGAGAGAGAGAAAAACAGAACGACUGGUUGAAGAUUACUCAAAUGAAGCUGGCAUUAGAACGCAAGUCUCUUUCAAAGGAUUCCUUCAAAAGUUAUCAUUCUAAAUAAAAAUCAUCGUGUUAAAAGGAUUAACUUGAAGCAAAUUUGUGCAUGAAUGAAUUAAUCGAGCCAGAUUCUCCAAUGCUUCGUCAGGAGACCCUAUUGCUCUGAUUAAGAAGUUCCAUCAGCACCGAAGGAAACAGCAGCUCUGCCUUUGUUUCUUACUUUUUAGAUUUUGACAUAUAGCUGAAAAAGUCCCAGAAAGCUGAUCUUUCCAAGUUAAUCAUCCCUGAAGAGUGGCGGACUCAUUGUGCACUAAAGCAAUCCUUUCUUCUAUGUGAGCCAAAAAAAGAAAAACGGCCUGCCAGACACCUGUAAAGAGAAGGCUAUCAUCAUAUAGGAAUUUGAGGAACUGCUAUAUGGUACAUUCCUUUUCCAAAUGGGAGAGAAUAAGCUCUCAUGAUGUCCCAGAGGGCCUUAAAAUAAACAAGAGGGAAAUUGUAACAGCUUGUCAUCUGUGCUUGUACACUAGACUUUCAUGUAGUUACUCUAGAGAAAUCUAAAUAAAAAAUGCAGAUAGUUCUUUGAAAAAUCCUCAAAUAAUAUGUAGAGACUCAGGCUGACGUGGUAAAAAAAAAGGAAGGUUAUUUUAUACUUGGUAUCUCCAACCCACUGGCAAGCAAUCUUUUGGAAGGAACAGCAGUUGAUUGUGAAUUUAGGUUUUGAACCACCAUUAGGCAAAGAUAGUUUCUCUAGAGAGAAUCAUGCCUGCUAAUUACACAUGUACCGGGCCAGAUGGAGACAAUACAGAUUUUCGUUACUUUAUUUAUGCAGUGACAUACACUGUCAUUCUUGUGCCAGGUCUCAUAGGGAAUAUAUUAGCCCUGUGGGUAUUCUAUGGUUAUAUGAAAGAAACAAAACGAGCUGUGAUAUUUAUGAUAAACUUAGCCAUUGCUGACUUACUGCAAGUUCUUUCCUUGCCACUGAGGAUCUUUUACUACUUGAAUCAUGACUGGCCAUUUGGGCCUGGUCUCUGCAUGUUCUGUUUCUACCUGAAGUAUGUCAACAUGUAUGCAAGCAUCUACUUCUUGGUCUGCAUCAGUGUGCGACGAUUUUGGUUUCUCAUGUAUCCCUUUCGCUUCCAUGACUGCAAACAGAAAUAUGACCUGUACAUCAGCAUUGCUGGCUGGCUGAUCAUCUGCCUUGCAUGUGUACUCUUCCCACUCCUCAGAACCAGUGAUGAUACCCCUGGCAAUAGGACCAAAUGCUUUGUGGAUCUUCCUACCAGGAAUGUCAACCUGGCCCAGUCCGUUGUUAUGAUGACCAUUGGCGAGUUGAUUGGGUUUGUAACUCCGCUUCUGAUUGUCCUGUAUUGUACCUGGAAGACGGUUUUAUCACUGCAAGAUAAAUAUCCCAUGGCCCAAGAUCUUGGAGAGAAACAGAAAGCCUUGAAGAUGAUUCUAACCUGUGCGGGGGUAUUCCUAAUUUGCUUUGCACCUUAUCAUUUCAGUUUUCCUUUAGAUUUCCUGGUGAAGUCCAAUGAAAUUAAAAGCUGCCUAGCCAGAAGGGUGAUUCUAAUAUUUCAUUCUGUGGCAUUGUGUCUUGCUAGUCUGAAUUCAUGUCUUGACCCAGUCAUAUACUACUUUUCCACUAAUGAGUUCCGAAGACGGCUUUCAAGACAAGAUUUGCAUGACAGCAUUCAACUCCAUGCAAAAUCCUUUGUGAGUAACCAUACAGCUUCCACUGUGACAACUGAAUUAUGCUAAAAGAAAAACCAAGCUGAAUAUGACCUGAAAUGCAAGUACCUCAGAACAUAUCUGCAAUACCCAAGCCACGGGGAAGAACUCGCAAAAAAACACAGCUUUUCAGUUCUGCUCUAUCUUACUGCUGUGGGGAAUUCACUUCUUCAAAGCAGGACCUAUGUGGAGCAUUAUGAUCCACCAUUAUUGAUGUUGACAUAUCCGUGUAGUAAUUUUUCAUCAAGUCUGUAAAUCUUAAAAUAUCAAAUUUCUGUGACAUCCUACAAACAUAUGCUCUCAACUCUAGUCAGUACUUUUACCUGUGACCCUCAGGCACAAAAAGAGUAUUAGCUUGGAGCCACCAUAAGCAUUUAGUUUUGUUACAGCAAAUACUGAGUCUUUAUAUUCAGAGGAGAUGUAGGUGUCUUUUUAUAUUAGUAAUCACAGUUUACAUGCCAUUUUCGUAUGUUUGGUUAUAUUUUAGUGGGAUGGAUGAUAUAUUACCCUGUGUAAAGAAAAUGUUGUAAACAUAAGAUCAUUUUUAUCUCUCAAGUGUGAUUACGUUUCAGAGUUUGAAGACUAAAAUAGUUAUUUUCUUCAUUUUUGUGUCAACAUGAAACAUUAUUUGUCACACCUGUUCACAGAAUGAAAAUCUGAACUCAGGCCUCUGGCAUAUUUAAACUAAGAACAAUAUACAUAUUUACCUAUGAUAACCCUCUGUGACUAUAAAAGAUGCCGUGUUGCAUCUACCUAGGACAGGUAGUUUGUCAAAGUCCACACAAGGUGACUCAAAUGGCCUCUAAGCCCAGGAGAAAGCAGAAAGGUGACAAUCACAGUUCUGGCUCUCUUACACUUUUUCUAAAGAACAUUUCUGGAGAUGUAUGGACCUGCCUAGUAGAGGAAGUUUUUAAUCAUGCUUCUAGAGAUACAUUGAGAUAAUGUUGACAGGUUCCUGCACUUUCUGAGCCUAUGGAAGAAGUAGUGCACUAAUGAAUCAUUAAACCUAGGUCAGAAUGAAAAGAUGAAGCAAAAUUGGCUAAUCCUUUUAAAAUUCUCAUCACAUUUUAUUUCUUACUCUAAUAUAAGGACACUUAGCUUAGACUGUCCAGUUACUUACCCAAGCCAGAAUAAGUCUCUCUGCCCCAUCAUUGCAUACAUAUUGCGGUCAGUCACAUGGACCCUAGAAUCCACAUUGAUUUUUUUUGGUCUAGCUUUGCCCCAGACAUACCAUUCUAAAGCCUCCAAAGUCUAGCUUUUAGCAGCUAGGGAAGGCAGUUAUUUUACCUUUUGAAAAAUGUAUAGAAGAUUAAUUUGGUCAGCCUUGGGCAACCAAUGGCCAAUGACUUGCCUACUACCUGUUUGGUACUGUUUUGCGGAAAACAGACCCAGGAUAUUAGUCAUAAUUAAAUCUUAGGUUGUAAGUAUGAUAAUAUUUUGAAACAUGUUUUAGCAAAAAGCUGUAACUUUAAGAAAGUUCUACUUAAAAUCUGUGUGCUAUAUAAUGAAGAUAACUUCUAUGUCUCACAGAAGGAAUGUAGAACCCAAUCAAAGGCGUUAUCAUAUUUAGAGGAAAGGGGUUGUUUCAGGCAUACAGUUAUGAUACUAAUACAUCAGGGGAAAACUGGUGACAUCAAAAUGAAUUCUAAUAUCUAGACUGAUGGAAGGUUUUCUAAAGUUUUCUUUGGACAAGUGUUGAUUUUACACAUAUGUUGUUAUUAAGAUAAUACCCUAUUAGAAAACUGACUUUGUGCUGCUAGCAAGUGUAUCUAUGUGUCUUCUAACAAUUCAUUGUAAGGUAUAUGUUUUGAUGUGUUAAAUAAGUUUUCAGUAAGUGUUAAAUUGUAUUUUAAAUAGCGUAACUAUAACUAUGUCUUGUCUCUUUGCUUUAAAGUGUCUUUUUUUUUAGUAUAAUUUAGUGUUGUAAUAGGAUUGCAAGUAACAAUUUUGUGGAAUUGUGAAAUAACUGGAUACUUGUAAUGUGAGAGUCUCAUCUACACCAUUUGUGCUUACUAUUGUCUCGAUUAGCAUGAAUUACACUUCUUAAGGUCACUUUGGAAGAUGAUUGAUUUGAUUUGACUAACAUAUUGAUUUCACUUUGAUUACAUAUUUUUUAAAGAGGAAGGGAAAUAUUUUCAGGAGAUGAUUGACCUUCUUAGAAGAAUGGUUGAGGGUAGGACCCAUUUGUUAGGCAGCCCAUUUACAUCAUUCCAAAAAAGAACAAGUAUUCAGUGUUCUUAUGCUGCUGAGCUGAGGACACCCUUUUUCCCCAGGUCUGCUCAUCUAAGUUUGUAUUCAGUGCUCUGAUUUACUUUAUUCACCCCCGAUCCCAUCAAUAUGUUUUGUCUUCUGCUUGAUUCCCUUGCUCUCCCAGGCAGCAACCUGAUCAAUUCAUUCACAUCAUGGUGCUAAUAGCUAAUGUUAGCUUAAUAUUAAUUUACCCAGAAAUAUCUGAAUUCCAGGCUUUAGGACUACGCAUUAAACCAAAGUGGUGACUUUCAAUGGAGGGCUAAUACCUACUGAAGCAGACAGACUGGAGGGAAAGAUAUUUUGAAGAAAGUGGGUCCUACAGCACUGCCUUUCAUAUUGUAUAUAGUAAGCAAACACCUACUUUGCUUGCCAUAAUGAGAAUGCUGACUUUUAAGAAAUUAAGAAAUGUAUCCAUGAACAUGGCUAUCAGUUUCUCAGAUGUCUGCUCAUCUUCUUUUCAUUUUGCCACUCUCCUUUCCUAUACUGGGCCUGACUUUCAGGGGAAAGUCUAAACUAGUAGCUUACUAAUUUAGGAGUACUGCUGCAGCUACGAUCCAGACAGCAGCCUCUUCUCUGAGCUUCUCCUUUCCAUGGCUUAUCUUUCCUCCAGACUUCUCAUUUAUCACUCUCUGGGUUCCAUGAAAUUGUGGUGCAGAGAGAAAACACCCUCAACCAUAGUAACAUAUACUUCAAGAUAAAUAAUUCCACAUUUCCUAUAUAAAGUUGUUGAAUUUUGAUUCAAAAAUGCAUAAGUAUUCCAAUAAGAAGAACUUUGAAUAUGUAGUGAUUUCUAUGUAAAAAUAUUGUCAUUAUUAUUAUUAUUAUUAUUAUUGAAUUCAAAUGGUUUAUAUGUUUUCAUUGUCACCCAGUUAAGCAGCCAAUUCUAUUAACUGAUAAUUCCACAAAGAGAAGCCACCUGCCCCAGGAUCAACAGAACAAGCUGCCUUGGGCUGAGAGGGUGCAUCUGUGGAACUCUUGCGCAACUUACAUUUUAUGUCCCAUUUUGAUUUUAUUCCCAAGAUACUGUGAAAAUGUUGCACUUGGAAUUUAUUUAUGGCUAUAACUUAUAAUAUUCAUUUUAAUAAUAAAGAUUGUCUUUGUAAUUACAUAGAAA